AACCAACCAGCAGCAAUUGUUAAUUGUUUUGUUUUCACAAGCUAAUGUUUAUUUGGGUUGAAACUUUUUAUAUAUUUUAUUUCUCCAUAUUUGUUAUAGAUGUGUAAGGGUUUUAUGACGUUUUUAUCCAAGUGUCGAGAUGGCGUCGGUAAACGACAGUAAACAUUCAGGUGAUGACCCAACCACGGAGUGCAAUCGACUCUUCAUAAAAAGUGGCAAAGGCUUGCAGUUGCGAGCUCUUCUCUCAGAUGCUGGAUUAUAUUCAUAUGCUGCCAUAUGUGCACUCUCUCUACAUGAAUUGUACAAUUAUGAAUGGGACCAGGCAUUCAACCAAAGUUGCAUCAAUAAUUUGCUGCAGCAUUUACAACUCCCAAAACAGGUGAAAGGUGUCAUGAUCAGUCUUAUUGAAGGCCAAGGUAACCAGUCAACUGAUGCUUAUGUGGAACUACUGUUGGGCGAGACAAACUUGAAAGGCAAGAGCCUUUUAGUUGUUGAGGACAUGGUGUUGUUAGCUGUUAAAGGAGGAAAUUACGAUGCCCGAAUGAGAGUUCUUAUUCGUCAUAUGGCUUCUCUACUGCGCGUUCCCUUGGAGUUAUUAGAGUUAUAUGAGGAAUCUGUUGUUGAAUUUUUGACUGAAGAGCACAAAGAGCCAUCUGAGGAGGAACAGCAAGAGCUAAAUAAGCGCAAUCGAGGGCGUAAGAUCAAGCGAUAUGCCUUGAUUGGUCUGGCAACUUUGGGAGGGGGAGCAGUAUUAGGUCUGACAGGUGGUCUCGCUGCACCUUUAAUUGGUGCAGGAAUGGGAACUAUUUUAGGGGGAGCAGGAGCAGCUGGAGCAGCAGCAGCAUUAGGCUCGACAGCUGGCAUUGCUAUUAUUGGUUCAUUGUUUGGAGUUGCAGGAGCUGGUCUUACAGGUUUUAAAAUGAAAAAAAGAGUUGGUGAAAUUGAGGAAUUUGCAUUUGGACCACUCACUUUGAAACCACAAUCAUCCAUUGUGUCAAACAACAAUAAUCGUGCAUUUAUUACUCAACAGCUCCAUAUCAGUAUUGUUAUAUCUGGCUGGCUAUCAGAUGAUGCGGAUGACAAUUUUAUUCGGCCAUGGCGAUCAUUACUCUGUUCAAGAGAACAGUACUACUUACGCUAUGAGUCACAAUAUCUGCUUGAACUAGGAAAAGCAAUGGAGUACAUUCUCAGCUUUGCUGUGUCAAUGGCUGCUCAGGAAGCCUUGAAAUACACUAUUCUGUCUGGAUUGUUAAAUGCAAUUAUGUGGCCUGCUUCUUUGAUUACUUUGGCCUCUGUGAUUGAUAAUCCAUGGGGUGUGUGCUGUCGACGCUCUGCGGAGGUCGGGAAACAGUUGGCCGAAGUUCUGAUGGCAAGGGAACAAGGGCAGAGGCCAGUGACACUGAUUGGAUUCAGUUUGGGGGCUAGAGUCAUCUAUUACUGUUUGCGAGAAAUGGCUAGUCGUCCAGGAAAAUGUGAGGGCAUUGUGCAAGAUGCUGUUUUAAUUGGAGCUCCUGUAACUGGUAGCUCAAAAGAAUGGUCUCGAUUUGGCCGUGUUGUGUCUGGACGUAUUGUAAAUGGUUACUGCAGGGGGGAUUGGUUACUUAAAUUUUUGUACCGCACAUUUUCAAUGGCAAGUGGAGUUGCAGGUCUACAACCGAUAAAUUUAAAGGACAGGCGUAUGUUCAAUUAUGACCUAAGUGACCUGGUAUCUGGGCACAGUGAGUACCCAGAAAAGAUGCGCGAAAUUCUAGAAUUAAUUGGAAUACGCACCAGAUCGCUUGAUUCCAUGGCUACUGGAGAUAUGGCCAUGAAAAAGUCAAACUCUGAUUUGCCUGUCCGUUCAAAGGUUUCUCUUUUGACUUUGCGACGCUGCAAGUCUGACAAUGCAGUUCAUCAGUGUGGUCUUGAUGAGGAGAAAUGGAAAGAAACUCUUGCAGCUGCUAGUUUGGAGACUUUGGCCAUUUCAUCACCAACAAUGUCUACUUCACCAUCUGAACUAAUGACGCCUUAGCUUUGUAGUGCUGUUGCUUCGUAAAACGCAUCUUUUUCUAUGGAGAUCUUCAUACUUUAUUAAUUUAUGCUUUUACAAAUUAUGAUUUUCUUUUAUAAUCUUAUUUCACAUCCGAAUUCUAAUUGGUGUGCAUUUUUCUAUCUUCAGUAAUGUGUUCAAUUCUACUAUCUGUGAAGAUUGAGGUUUUAGUGUCUGUGAUUGAUGUUGACUGAAGCACUAAUGUGAGCUGUGCACUAUAUUUAUUCCAAAACCUGUUUCAUAAGAUCAAAAUUUUAUCAUAAUUUAUUUGAUGGUUCUCGAGAUAUGCUUAGAUGUGGUUUUAUGAUCAGAAUCCCGUAGAGUGUAUAUUUCAACAUUUUAAGUUGAUGACUUUAUUGAUAACACAUCACAUGUCAAUUUCAAUACAUAUCAAAAUCCAAACUUGUCAGAGUAAAUAUAUUAAUUAGAGGAUAAAACGUCUAUUAUAAAAUUAUUUUGGUGAGUUUCAUUUAAUGUUAAAUUUGUUUUUAAAAAAUACCUUGAAAGAUACAUAUCAAGCUAUCAUCAGUUACUGAGAUUUAGACAUAUUUUUAUAAGUUGUUUUGUUACAUAAUGCAGAAAUAUUAUAUUAAUGUUAUAUGAACAUGGAAGGAGACCAAAUGAUGGGCAUUCAUUUUGCAUGAUAAUCAUAUCCAAUGUAAUCCCUGUGUAAUCUUCAGAUGAAAUUUAACGCCUGAGGUGCAAGAAGCAAAAAGAUUAUGCUUGCAUGUCUGAGAUGGAGAAGUAAUACAUUCAUAAGUAACCCCCUUUUCCCCAAUGGGAUUGUGACCCCUAUGGCUUUGUGUUGAACUUGAUUGAAUUCUUCUUUGUUUUGAAUUGGUGUAUUAAUCUAUCUCAUAUGUAUUGAAUGGAGACAAUCAGUCAUAUAAUUUUUACCGAAUCUGUAUUAAUUUGAGUAUAUUUUAAAUGGUCAUAUUCACGUUAAACAUCAAGUUGUUAUUUUUUCCCUCUUUGUUGUAGAUUUAUUCCAAUUGUAAAGUCAAUUUACUUCACAGUUAUCUGUAUUAAAGUAAAUUGAUUGAUUGAGAAUUUGUUCAGCCUGCAAGUGUUUGAAAAAAAUCUAUAUUUGUUUUCUGCGUUGCGGACAUACCGUCACAAUUUUGUGACAUUCUAGUUGUUUUUUUGUUAGGUUUGUGUAGUCUCUAUUCGAAAUUUGCAAUUAGUAGUAUAGUUACUAGGUUGGUUUUCUCCAGCGUGGUGCAAAUUAGACUGUUUUGUCUAGUCAUUAAAUUAAGUCAACUUUUGAUGAAUACAUCAUAUCUCUAAAUGCAUUUGUUUCUCCAUUUCCUGAAGAAUCUUGUGAUUAAGCCAGAGUUUUGGAUCUUGUGUUGUACUUUUGGGUUUUUGCAAGUUUUUAACAUGGAAAUGAAGUAGUGUUUUUUGAUUUGUUGUGUACAAUAAUACAAAAGUGAAAUCCUAUUAGUGUAAUAGCAUCAUUAGCAUAAUCCUGGCUUGAUAGAUUUUGGUAAGUUUGGGUGCUCUGAUUACUUCUGUUUUUUUAAUCCGCUUUUUUACUGAAGCAGUUUUUGCUCACAUCAAAAAAUAUGACUUUGAUUCAACAGUUUGUUUUAUGAAAGUAAACUAAAGUUUCCUUCAUUUAAUUGAGAUCAGUGCACGCAAGAAAAUACUGCUCUUGACUAUUGAGGAUAAGUAAAGAUUUUGCACAUUGUUUGUUCUGUACUUAGCAACAGCUUAAUUCUGAGGAGUCUUACCUUAUUUGUCUAAAAACAGAUUUAAAGUGGGGCUUUCUUUUUGUUUCCUUCUUCCUACUAGCCUGAACUGAUGCCAUAUCUGUUUCCCAUGUUCUUGUGUACAUUUUGCUCUUCCAAUUGCCUGCUAAAUUUCAGAAUUGCAGCAGUGCAGAACUGAUGACAAUUUUAUCAGUAUUUUAGCAGACUCAUGUCUAUUUUUUAGAGAUGCAUGUAUUAUGCUGUUUUUUUGUUAUUUAUCAAACAGUUUCCGAGAAUCAGUUUUUUUGAAUGAUCUUUCAAGACAUGUUUUUUUGGAAAAUGACACCAGGUACAUUUUAUUUGUUGUGUAAAUGGAUUUAAUUCUAUAACUUUCACGGUAAGCGAAAAUCUUUGACAAUUGAACAAUUAUUGUUUCAGGUAUUAAGUGUUUUUCCCUAUGACGUCUGUAUGUUUUCUUAAAUAUUGUUUAACAAAAGUGAUGUAAAAAUUGUUGGUGGAGUGUGUUCUUAAAACUUUUAGAGCUACAAAUUAAGAGUAAGGCAAAUAUGCCCAGGGCUAAGUCAAAGCAAUUUUGUCUAUGAUGCAGGUAUCUUAAUCCAUCAUGGAUAGACUCCUUAUGGGCCAAUAUUUAUUAGGACAGUGCCUUAGUUAUUGGUUACAAAGCUCAAGCCUUCUCCUUGAUCCCUUUCUGUCUACCAUUCUGUAGAGAAAACAAUUCGGUGAAGUAGUGUUCAUGGACGCCUUCAAAUCUGAUUGGUGCAUACCCUACAAAGAAUUUUGUAAUUUUAUUGGAGUUUUCAACCUCUGAAUUUCUGCUCAAACAUUAUGACAUCAGUAUUUAAGAUAAUCAUGUCACCUGUAUACUUCUGAACUCAUAAAUUCUCAUUCACCUAUCAAGUGAACCUCAUCAAAAUGACUGAAACGCACAUUGCUAACUUUGCAGGGGAAAUACUUUUCACUUGAAGUUUGACCAUAAUAAAUUGCAAAUUAAAAAUCAAAUUUUGAAUGCAUAGCACUUUAAGUGCUUACGGACAAAAUUGGUGUUAUUUUCAAUGCAAUCCAUCAAUUAAAUUAUGUUUGCCUUCCAGUGAAAUUUUUGCAACAUUGCAAUGUCUAACUGCUUAGACCGUUUUAACAUGACUUCUGUUCAUUCAUUGUUACUUUGGUUUUAGAAUUUAUUUAAUUUACACUUCAUCAAAUAUAGUUUACCUUUGAAAAUGAUUUAUUGUCAUUUAUAUGACAUCUAUCAGUCAAUCACUUGAUAUGUAGUAUGUAAAGUAAUAGUAUUCUGUGCAUAUUCUACUGCAAACUCCAAGACCAAAAUCCGUCUUUAAAACCAUUAAUCCUGAAACAUACAUAUCAUUGGUCAAUUAAGGGUAGGUGUUCUAAAAAGUUGUAUGAUGCUUUCUAGGUCAAAAUGUGUUGACUUAUUUUUAUAGUUGUGUUUGAAAUAGGAUAAUUUGUUGUAGAUUGUGGUAGUUUUCAAUUGUAGCUCUGUGAUAUGAUAAAUGCCUGUUAUUUGCUAGUGCUCUGUGAUUUCAUAGCCAUGAAAUAGUCUAAGUAUAUAUGAGGUUUAAGAUUAGAGGUAGAGGACCAUUGCAGCUGAUCGUUAUUUGAAGAUGUGUUGAAGUAAACUUUGAGAUUUGAGUCUUGUGAAGCAGAUGUCAUCUUUUCACCAUCAACCCUCAGCUUUAGAUGAGUGUUAGUAACUGUUGCGUAGUCACAAAUCCCCCUUCACAUGUUGGCACCAUGUAAAGUUGUGAUAAAGAAAAAAAACAGAAUGUUCUAAGUUGGUCUCAGGUGUGAUUUUCACAAAUUUCAAUGACUUUAAAUCGGUUUAGAUUAAGAACCAGCUAGCACCGCAUCUUUGCUUAAAAUGUAGGCAUUAGUGUUUGGGACCAGAAGAGGAUCAAUUUUGUAUGAAAGAAAGUUUGCUAAUAUAUCAAAGUAAACUCCCACACAAUUAAUGCUUAGGGCCUCAUUAAAAUUUAUGUAUUUUGUGAUGGUUUAGGAAGAGUGUUGGUCCCACCAUCUCAUAUUGGAUCUUACUGGAUGAAUCAAUCCUGUUAGUGCCCAAUGCACAGGCAACUGCAAAAGUAGUUUUAUUUAAUGUCUGCUUAUUUGUUGGUAGAAAAUAAUGGAUUGCUUUUGAUGUUAUAUGAAAUGGUGAAUUAAAAGUAGUAUAUAUCUCA